AUGACGAACCAGUGGUUGCUAUGGCUGACCCUGUCUGCCAUGGCAGCUGCUUGGCACAGCGAGGCAAAGUCUGCGGUGAACAUGUUCUCUUCCAUGUCCCAGAUGUCUGGAAAAAUAAAAGGUGUGAGUCCCAUCCACAAUGGCCAGGUUUGCAGUACAUGGGGAAAAUUCCAUUUCAAGACCUUUGAUGGGGACGUUUUCCAGUUGCACUCCACCUGCAACUACGUCCUGACCUCUUCAUGCAGCAGCAGCUACAGCGACUUCAACAUCCAGAUAAGAAGAGAGGAGUUUGCUGGUCAUCCCAUCAUCAAGGAAAUCCUAAUGAAGCUGGACGGCUCAGUGGUGGAGCUCUCAAACGGUUCAGUGGUCGUUGAUGGCAAAGAAGCCAGUUUACCGUUCAGUCACUCAGGAGUGUUUAUUGAGAAAACUCACACCUACAUCAAAAUCAAGGCAAAUCUGGGAUUGUUUGCCACCUGGAAUGAGGAGGACUCUUUUCUGGUGGAGCUAGAUGAGAAAUACAGGAACCAAACAUGUGGUCUCUGUGGAGACUUUAAUGGGCUCCAGCUAUACAACGAGUUCUACAGUCACGGGGUAAAAAUUUCCCCCACGGAUUUUGCCAACUUCUGGAAAAUGGACGGUCCAACUGAGAGCUGCUCUGACUACACACAGGAACCAACACAGAGCUGCAACAACAUGAAACCUCUGUGUGAGCAGAUCCUCACAGGGCCGGCCUUCAACAGCUGUCACAGUCUGCUCGACGUUGACGCCUUCACCUCUGCCUGCAACACUGACCUCUGCCAAUGCGGCAACGGCAUAGAUGAACAUGCAGACCCUAUCUGCCUGUGUAACACUGUGUCAGAGUUCUCCAGACAGUGCGUCCAUGCUGGUGGCAAGCCCCACAACUGGAGGACCAAAGAGCUCUGCUGGAAGUCAUGUCCUCUCAAUAUGGAGUACAAAGAGUGUGGAAGUCCCUGUGCUGAUACCUGCUCCAACCCAGAGGCCAGCCACACCUGCGACAACCACUGUGCCGAUGGAUGCUUCUGCCCCGCAGGCACGGUGCUGGAUGAUUUAAACAAAAAAGGUUGUGUUCCACUGAGCAAGUGCUCCUGCAGCUACAACAACAAGAUCUACGGACCUGGAGAGUCCUACUCCAGUAACUGCAAGAAUGCAUGUUCAGGUGGUGAGUGGACGUGUGUGGAGGAGAACUGCCCAGGAACCUGCUCUGUGGAGGGAGGAGCUCACGUCAACACCUUUGAUGGAAAAGUCUACACCUUCCAUGGGGACUGCUCCUACACUCUGGCUAAGGACUGCAAUGGAACCCAGUUUGUGGUACAUGGAGAACUGGUACAGUGUGGACUGACCGACAGCGAAACCUGCCUCAAGUCUGUUACUCUAGGUCUGUCCGGAGCAACCAAUGUGAUCACCAUCCAGCCCAGCGGCAAGGUCUUUGUGAAUGGCAUCUACGCUCAGUUACCAUUUUCUGCUGUCGGGAUCUCUGCCUUCAGGGCGUCUUCUUUCUACCUGCUGGUCCAGACGUCUGUUGGCGUCCUGCUGGAAGUGCAGCUCCAGCCAAUCAUGCAGCUCUACAUCAGCGUGGACAGUGACUACAGGGACAAGACCUGUGGUCUGUGUGGGAACUUCAACAAAAACCAAGCUGAUGACUUCCUGAAGCUCAGUGGUGUUCCAGAAUCCACAGCAGCUGGAUUUGUCAACAGCUGGAAGACACAUGGCAGUUGCAGAGAUAUUAAGAGGAGCUUUGACAACCCCUGCAGUCUCAGUCUGGACAAUGAGAAGUACGCUGUGCACUGGUGCUCCAUGCUGAGUGAUCCUCAGGGAGUGUUUGCCCCGUGUCACCCAGAGAUCAGUCCUGACUCGUACAAAGAGAACUGCAUGUAUGACAGCUGUAACUGUGAGAAAAGCGAGGAGUGCAUGUGUGCUGCAGUCUCUUCUUAUGUGCAUGCCUGUGCAGCUGCAGGGAUCCGGAUCAGCGACUGGAGGAAGACCAUCUGUGGGAAAUAUGCCAGCUCCUGCCCGAGCACCAUGGUCUACUCCUACAACAUCACGUCCAGCAGUCGCACCUGCCGCUGCCUCAGCUCCACAGAUCUCAGCUGCCACUUCUCCUUCCCGCCCAUCGACGGCUGUAUCUGUGCAGAGGGAACCUACCUGGAUGACUCUGAGAAGUGUGUCCAAUCCAAGGCCUGUCCCUGUUACGACAAAGGCUCUGUGGUGUCUCCUGAAGAGGUGGUCAGCAAGGAUGGAGUCAUGUGCACCUGUAAGAAGGGCAAACUCAGCUGCAUUGGAGAAGUACAAUCAGGAACCUGUGCUCCUCCCAUGGUGUUCUUCAACUGCUCUGCUAAUGGUCCUGCUGCAAAGGGAACUGAGUGUGAGAAGAGCUGCAACACAUUAGAAAUGACCUGUAUGACCACAGGGUGUGUCUCUGGCUGCAUGUGUCCACCUGGGUUGGUAUCUGAUGGUAAAAAAGGCUGCAUCAAGCCAGAGGCCUGUCUCUGUGACCACAAUGGCAUCUACUACCAGCCUGGAGAGACCACCAGGGUGGACUGCAACACCUGCACUUGUAAAGACAGAAAGUGGAUCUGUACAACCAAUCAGUGUGAUGGGACCUGCUCCGUCUAUGGUGCUGGACACUAUAUGACCUUUGAUCAGAAGCGCUUCACAUUCGAUGGCAACUGUGAAUACGUUCUCACUCAGGACUACUGUGGCAGCGCUCAGAGUAAUGGAACUUUCCGAGUGAUCACUGAGAAUGUUCCAUGUGGAACCACAGGAACCACCUGCUCUAAGACCAUCAAGAUCUUUCUGGAGCGUGCAGAACUGAUUCUAACAGAAGGAAACUACAGGUUGCUUUCAAGUGGAAAUGAAGAGGCACCUCCAUUCCAUUAUAGCACUAUGGGCAACUACCUGGUAAUUGAAGCCAACAAUGGACUCAUUCUCAUGUGGGACAGGAAAACCACCUUGUUCAUCAAGCUCAGCCCAAAAUACAAGGGUCGGGUGUGUGGGCUUUGUGGCAGCUACGACAAGAAUGCAAAUAAUGACUUCACUACAAGGUGCCAUGCUGUGGUUGUCAGCCCACUGGUGUUUGGCAACAGCUGGAAGGAUUUACCAAGCUGCCCUGAUGCUCAGAGCAUUAACAGCCCCUGCACAGACAACCCAUACAGACAGUCGUGGGCCCACAAACAGUGCAGCAUCAUACAGAGUGACGUCUUCUCCACCUGCCAUUCCAUUGUUGAUCCUACUCCAUACUAUGAAGCAUGUGUGUUCGACUCAUGUGCUUGUGACACUGGUGGAGACUGCGAGUGUUUCUGCACUGCUGUGGCUGCUUAUGCUGAAUCGUGUAAUCAAGCUGGUGUCUGUCUACGAUGGAGAACCCCUAAAAUCUGCCCUCUCUUCUGUGAUUACUACAAUCCCCCUGGUGAAUGUGAAUGGCACUACAUGCCUUGUGGAUCUCCUUGUAUGAAAACCUGCCGGAACCCUUCAGGCAGCUGCUCCACACAGAUACCUCCUCUAGAAGGUUGCUAUCCCAAGUGUCCCACUGCUCAGCCAUACUUUGAUGAGGAUACAAUGACAUGUGUCAUAAAAGAACAAUGUGGUUGCUAUGAUAAAGAGGGGAAACACUAUGAUGAUGGUGACAAAGUGCCAACAACCAAAAACUGUUAUACAUGUACAUGCAGUUCCAUGACCAUCAAAUGUCGCCACGAUAAUGAAGGUGCCCCUGAGCAAGGCACCUUACUCCCACCUUACAUCUGCUCCCCAGGCCUUCAGUAG